AUGACAGAGCAAUAUACCUUGCUUAAUCCAGGAGAGGAGAAUGAAAUGGAGCUGUUUGGAUACAAAACUGUCAGAUGGCGACAAGCUUUCUGUAUGAUUGGCUAUAUCUGUUCUCUUGGAUUUCUUCGAAUCCUCUUUUACUGGAAGCCAGAAGUGGAUGUCUGGUGUCAGUGUACUCCUUGUGCCUUGGAGGAAGCCAAUGUGGUAUUACUUAGAACCACUGAUGAAUUUAGGCAAUAUUCAAAGAAGAAGGUAAUCAAGAUGUACCCUCACAUACCAGGAGGAAAACCAGACCACUAUAUGGUUGCUAAUAAAAACUCAAUCUUAAAUAAAUCAUUAAUGAAGCCAGAAGGAAAGAUCCGGUAUGUAAAAGUGCAAAAAAUCCGUUAUGUGUGGAAUACAACUGAGCGAAAGUUUCAGAAAAUUGGCAUUCUAGAGAAGGAGCUUUCUUGCUUAGAUAUCCACACAAAGUUUGGUUCUGGUCUAACUUCCGAAGAGCAAGAGAUUAGGAGACAAGUUUGUGGUCUAAACAACAUUGAUGUGGAAAUUAAACCAAUCUGGGUUCUGCUCUUUAGAGAGAUAUUCAAUCCAUUUUAUAUCUUCCAAGCCUACACCUUAUGUAUGUGGAUUUCAUGUGGCUAUUUAGAAUACAGCUUUGUCAUUUUAGCCAUGACUAUUUUAUCCAUUAUUGCAACUGUAUACAAUCUAAGAGUGCAAUCAGUAAAACUACACAAAAUGGCCAAGUCUUCUAGCAGUAUCAUGGUUAAAACACUUCGAAGGAAUGGAGAGAUUGAAGAAGUAAAAUCGCAGUCUUUGGUCCCAGGAGAUGUAAUUAAUCUUGCAGGAAAAAAACUGUUCUUACCUUGCGAUGCAAUAUUAAUUAAUGGAGGCUGCACCGUAAAUGAAGGAGCAUUGACAGGGGAAAGUAUUCCAGUCACAAAGAUCCCCUUACCUCACACAGAGGGCACCAUGCCAUGGAAAAUCCAAUGUGGAGAAGACUACAAGAGACAUGUUCUAUUUUGUGGAACAGAGGUCCUUCAGACAAAGAUACAUGGUCAGGAUCUAGUAAAAGCUGUUGUGCUGCAAACAGGAUUUAACACAGCAAAAGGAGAUCUGGUGAGAGCCAUUCUGUAUAAUAAGCCUGUAAAUGUAAAGCUACAUAGAGAGGCAAUUAGGUUCCUUCUUGUACUUGUGUUCAUUGCUUUGUGUGGAGUUAUAUACACAGCCAUUAUCUUCACAAAGAAUGGGGCCACUGUACAUAAUACAGUAUUGAUGUCAUUUCUAAUGUUAACCUUAGCGGUUAAUCCUGCACUUCCAGCAUCUUUGACACUGGGUCUUCUCUAUGCUCAAACAAGGCUGAAGAAACUGGGAAUAUUCUGCAUAAGCCCCCAAAGGAUCAAUAUAGCUGGGCAGCUCAACCUUGUCUGUUUUGAUAAAACAGGUACUUUGACAGAAGAUGCUUUAGAUUUACAUGGCAUUGUUCCUUCUGAUGGAGACAGCUUUAAGGAUAUUCAUUUAUUCACCUCUGGAGAAACAUUACCAUGGGGGCCUCUGCUGGGAGCUAUGGCAAGCUGCCACUCUCUCAUUUUGCUGGAUGGUGAAAUACAAGGAGACCCACUGGACAUGAAGAUGUUUGAAGGAACCGGCUGGGAUUUUGAAAACAAUACAGCCAAUGGAACAGAGGGUGGACAAACUAUUUCACAUACAUUGGUAAAACCAGGACCCAGAGCUGGGAAGGUGCCUGUGGAAGGGAUCACAAUUUUGCAUCAAUUUCCCUUUUCCUCUGCCCUCCAACGCAUGUCAGUUAUUACUCAGGUUUCUGCAGAGAAAGACCUCACAGUUUUUAUGAAAGGGGCUCCUGAGAUGGUUAUUAAGUUCUGCAAGUCAGACUCAGUGCCACAAAACAUAUCUAAGAAACUUGACUUCUAUACAGCACAAGGCUUCCGAGUCAUAGGACUGGCACAUAGAUUUCUAAAGAAGGAAAGGUUACCAGCCAUUCAGCACCUGGAACGGGAUGUUGUAGAGGUAGAUCUUAUAUUUAUUGGAUUACUAAUAAUGGAAAAUCGCCUUAAGCCAGAAACAAACAGAGUGCUUCAUGAACUCUCUGAAGCCAAGAUAAGAAAUGUGAUGAUCACAGGAGAUAAUCUGCAAACAGCUCUCAAUAUUGGGAAAAACUGUGGUAUGAUUUCUAAAACAAGCAAAGUUAUUGCAAUUGAAGUUACGGAACCCCAAAAAGAUGUUCCUGCAUCAAUCACUUGGAAAACCAUGACUGAGAAUCAAGAAAAUGGACACCAAGCAAAUGAUUCACACGUUGGCAACCAUAGCACACUGGUGCCAGGAACCUUUCAUUUUGUGAUGAGUGGAAAAUCCUUUCAGAUAAUAAUGCAGCAUUUUUAUGAUUUAGUGCCAAAGAUACUUCUCAACGGGACCAUUUUUGCAAGAAUGACUCCACUGCAAAAGUCCAGCCUUAUUGAAGAAUUUCAAAAGCUAGAUUACUAUGUUGGAAUGUGCGGAGACGGAGCAAAUGAUUGCGGGGCUCUUAAAAUGGCCAAUGUUGGAAUCUCCUUGUCUCAGUUAGAGGCAUCUGUCGCUUCCCCUUUCACUUCAAAAAUCCCAAAUAUUGAAUGUGUGCCCAUGCUCAUCAAAGAAGGACGAAAUGCUUUAGUCACUUCUUUCUCCAUGUUUAAAUUCAUGACAUUGCUUACCGUGAUUGUACUGACUUCUGUAGUGUUUCUGUUUUGGAAACAAACACUUUUGAGCAACAAUCAGUACCUAAUACUAUCUAUAGUAAUCAUCACUUCAUUCUCCUUAACAUCAAGCCUAAACGGCCCUGCUCCAAAGUUAGCCCCAUUCAGGCCCCCUGGACAACUUCUGUCUCCACCUUUGUUGCUCUCUGUUUUUUUGCACUUUUUAUUUACCAUCGCUUUGCAGACUACUGCAUUUGUUCUACUUCAACAACAGCCAUGGUAUAAUGAAAGUGAUGUUUUCAGCGCAUGCUCUUUAUUGAAUCACAGUUCUGGAAAUGUGACAACAAGACUGCCUAGAUUUUCAGAGAAUUAUCUAGCAACCACUGAAUGGAUUGUAACAGGGAUGAACUUCAUUGCAAUUGAAUUUGUGUUUUCUAAAGGAAGACCAUUCAGGCAACGUCUUUAUACUAACUAUUUGCUCUCCAUCAUGAUUAUAUUACAAGUGGCGGUCUAUUUAUUUUUCCUCUUUGCUGAUAUUGAGCCAGUUUACACUGCUUUUGAGAUGGUUUGCCUGCCAUUUUACUGGAGAGUUUACAUUCUCAUUAUGGUUCUAGUGCACUUUGUUGUCUCCUAUCUUGUGGAGGAAGGAUUUGUUGAAAACAGAAUGCUGUGGUUACUGCUAAAAAAGCUGUGUAGCUACCAAUCAAAAAGCCAAUAUAAGAAACUGCAAAGGAAAUUAGAGAGGGACACAGAGUGGCCUGUGCAGAAUGGAACGAAGUAUGCAAUGAAGUCUACCUUUACGAUAGACAGUAAAAUCAUGAUUUUCACGAACGCAUCUUACCAACCCCCAAUUUCAACAGAAAAGUGGAGGGGUCAUAUAUGACUACACUAUCCAAGCUGAAGAAUAACCCUUAUCAUCUGUUUGUAUAAAAUAGUGAUUAGUAAUGUAACAAUGUCAAAAUAUGCAAUUGCUUUUCAAUAAAAUAUGAUUUGCCUUCACUAUUAA